GGGGCCAGAGCUGCUAUUGAGCUCUCCUAUAUCCCAGUCCUGUGAGUCCAGGAUGCUUUUCUGACACAACACUCUGGGGUAGCAGUGCCAGGGACACCGAGUUAGGAGGACAAUCACGAGUCGCAGGAGCCAAAAGGUGCUAAUGGGAACGCGAUGACAGGUGGAUGAAAUUCAAUAUCCUUUCUGUUCAAAUUUUCAAAACCAGAGAGUUGCUAAUGAUUAAGUUUGAGUUAUAGCUGCUUUUCAAUCUUCCCUACUCUUUAGACACAGGUAAUGAUGAUCAGCAGCUAUCAGGCAGCAGCUACACUCACUGGGCCUGAAGAUCCUUAAGGAGACCAGCAGGUGUUGGGUGUGGGGGAUUCAUGUCUUCCUUCCUAGAUGCCACAGAGCUUCACUGAGGUGAACGCCCAGGUUUGACUAUAGGCCUGCAGAGAAAAGCAACUCUACCUCCUUGGUCCCCUUCCCUCUUGCUGGAUCCUGGUAUUUUCUGUGCCUAUCUUAAAGGAAACCAGAGAACUUACGUCUCUGCAGUCCAGGUGCAUCCUGAGGCUGAACACUUCUGAACAUGGCAGUUUCAGGCUCCCUUCAGUGCCUCCUGGGAAUUCCUAGCAGGGAGGCUCAUAUCUGGCCACUGGCAGCCUGAUGAUCCAUCAUGCCUCCCAUCAAUUUCCCCUAAAGACUUAGGGGAAAUUAAAUAGAUCUUCUAGAACGAUAAUGAGACGUCAUGCACAAAUGGAGCCUUUUUGAGGCUAGAGAAAGAAAACCCUUUUGGCUUCUGCGAGGAAAGAGUACUUAAUGGCUGUGACAUGCCCUCCAGGAAGGUCAGAUGGCCUUGAGAUUUGAUGGUCCUGACAUCCUUCAGCCAGUGGUCAAGACCAAAGGUGUUUAUAUCUCCCAUCAGAGGCAGGCUGGGACAGCACUGUCAUUGAACUGCCACCCACAGCAUCUCCAGUUUCUGAAUAGGCAGCAGGGCUUUGUAGAGAUCAACACCAAGUAGUGCCUGAACAUUUCACAGUUGUUCUCAGUAACAAGGUGGAUACUGUGUAAAUGGUGCAUCGCAGAUGAGUGUAAUUCCAGUGGUGUCUCCCUCCACAUGCUAUGUCAAGUAAUAUUAAAGACCAAGUCCAUAACUCUGGCUUCAGAGCAGUUGCUCUGUGUGAACUUGGUAGCUUUGAAAUCUUGCAACACCUUUCGCCUACCUCCCUCCUUUUCUCUGAGUGUUUAUCCUUUUAAUGACUUUUAAAAGUUAAUCUCCAAACACUUUUGAGAGAAAUCCCAGUAGAGAUGAACUUGGAACUGGUGGGAGUGGCGGUUAGAGCAAUCCUUCUGGGAGUCAGACUGAGACACUUGUGUGUCUGAUCAGGUGGCAGGUUUGUGUGUUGCCAGAGUGAUCUCCAUGGCAACAGAUCAACAUGGCGCCAUGACAGCUCUACAGUCAGUGCAUUAGGUUCCCAUGAGAAAGUAGAGGGGGAGAAAUCAAGGAGUAUGGACACACGCUCCCCUUCCUUGUAGAGUUCUGGUCACGGAGUUUCAGUUCCUAUAACCAGUGACAUGCCCCAUUUAACCUCUUGGGCUUGCAGCCAAUGUACUGGAGCAGGGAUGACGUAGCCCAGUGGCUCAAGUGGGCUGAAAAUGAGUUUUCUUUAAGGCCAAUUGACAGCAACACGUUUGAAAUGAAUGGCAAAGCUCUCCUGCUGCUGACCAAAGAGGACUUUCGCUAUCGAUCUCCUCAUUCAGGUGACGUGCUGUAUGAACUCCUUCAGCAUAUUUUAAAGCAGCGGAAACCUCGAAUUCUUUUUUCACCAUUUUUCCACCCUGGAAACUCUAUACACACACAACCGGAAGUCAUACUGCAUCAGAACCAUGAAGAAGAUAACUGUGUCCAGAGGCCCCCAAGGCCGUCCGUGGAGAGUGUGCACCACAACCCCCCCACCAUUGAACUGUUGCACCGCUCCAGGUCACCCAUCACCACCAACCACCGGCCUUCUCCCGACCCCGAGCAGCGGCCCCUCCGCUCCCCCCUGGACAACAUGAUCCGCCGCCUCUCCCCGGCCGAGAGGGCCCAGGGCCCAAGGCUCCAUCAAGAGAACAACCACCAGGAGCCGUACCCCCUGUCCGUGUCUCCCAUGGAGAAUAAUCACUGCCCACCAUCCUCGGAGUCCCACCAGAAGCCCUCCAGCCCCCGGCAGGAGAGCACCCGCGUGAUCCAGCUGAUGCCCAGCCCCAUCAUGCACCCUUUGAUCCUGAACCCCCGGCACUCGGUGGAUUUCAAACAGUCACGGCUUUCCGAGGACGGGCUGCACCGGGAAGGGAAGCCCAUCAACCUGUCGCAUCGGGAGGACCUGGCCUACAUGAACCACAUCAUGGUGUCUGUCUCUCCGCCCGAGGAGCACGCCAUGCCCAUUGGGAGAAUAGCAGACUGCAGGCUGCUGUGGGAUUACGUCUAUCAGUUGCUGUCUGACAGCCGGUACGAAAACUUCAUCCGAUGGGAGGACAAAGAAUCCAAAAUAUUCCGGAUAGUGGAUCCCAACGGACUGGCUCGACUGUGGGGGAACCAUAAGAACAGAACAAACAUGACCUAUGAGAAAAUGUCCAGAGCCCUGCGCCACUACUACAAACUAAACAUUAUCAGGAAGGAGCCAGGACAAAGGCUUUUGUUCAGGUUUAUGAAAACCCCAGAUGAAAUAAUGAGUGGCCGAACAGACCGUCUGGAACACCUUGAGUCCCAGGAGCUGGACGAGCAAAUAUACCAAGAAGAUGAAUGCUGAAAGGAACCAACCCAGCACCUCAAAAGGCUGGCGGAACCCCCGCCCCCGCAUGGCGGGAGGCGAGCUGGAGCAGGCGGGCUGAGAAGGAGGAAAGGAAGAGACAGACCCGGGAGCCACACUUCUCCUGCUUCCCAGGAGGGACCCAGAGCACCUUAGACGACCCCCCACCCCACCCCGGCCACGGCGGGGCUGGAAUACUGGCCAAGGGCGCGAGCCUGGGACACGCAUUUCACGUUUCCUUCUCCUUUGGCAUCUGUCCAUCUGUAAUUUCUCACCCUCACCCUGUCACCUGUUAGUUUCGUGGUGUUUUUUUUUUUUUUCUUAAGGACAUGCAGUUUGACUUUUUCAUCAUUCAUACAGGGGAAGACAUCAAGGCUGUUUUCCUAUGGAAAUGUAUCUCUCUGAUAUAUAUAUGCGUAUAUAUAUAUAUAUAUUUUGCAAAUCUCACCGAGUGCGGCAAGCCCAGCUGGUCAGGAAAGGAGAUGCUUGCGAGAGGGUUCAGAUUCCUCUUUUACCUGCUACGUGGACCAGGUUGGUUCCUUUUGCUGGUGGGUCUUGGCUGAAACAAAAAAAAAAAAAAAAAAAAAGAUGCUUUUUAAAAAGAUAAAGUGAAACGGAGAGCUCUCUUCUCUCUCUCGCCCUGGUUCCUUCUCUGCCUCCCAGCCGCUGCCCUCCCUCCCACCUGCUGUUGCGUCUGAGAUGCCUUCAGCAGAGACAUCAGCCUCGUGGAGUCUCGGAAAUUGUUGACACCUACAGGGAAUCUGUGGCCUGAGUGCUUUGUGGCCAGUGCCCCCAAGUCAACCCCACAUCCCCAAAACCCUGGAGAUGCUAAUGUCUCCCGGAAAGAUAAGUGCUAGCCCAGCAGGCUGGGAACCCUGCAGCUUGGUGGUUCCACAGGACGUAAGCCCAGGAUCAGAGGGGGUUCCAAGUGACGUGGAAGGCUCCAGCAUCUUGGAAUUAGCUAAAUGAAAAACACAAAAAGACCAGCCAGGCUUGAUGGUGCCCAAACUGAGCGAAAAGGCUGCCACGCCGGGAUUUAUUAUCCCAAAGCAGCUUAUUGAGGGUGGGGGGUGGAGGGAAGCAGAGGUCUUCUGCUCCGUCCCCAAGACCACCUGUGGUCAGUUUUCCUGCCCUCACUAGUUUUCUUCCCUUGCUAGCCUUUUCCAGGGUUUCCUGGUCCCCUUUAGGACAUUAAGGGGAGGGUCUUGAUGUUCAUUCUGUUGCUACCUGUGUUUACCCAGCUGGGCAGACAAAAUUCCUCACAUUCCUUUCUCCUCCUCUGCACCUAUCCUAGGCCCUUUGUUUCAGAAUGGACCCUUUCCUGGCUUUUUCACCUCAACAUAAGGUCAAUCUUGUCAAUGAGGGACGGGCCACUCCUUCCUACUUGUGAUGAUCACGUGUUUUUAAAGAUCUGUCUUAGAUUGUUUUCUCCUUCUCCUGCCAUCUAAAUGGACUCUUUCAACAUAGGUUCAGAAUCCAGUGUGAGGUGGACAGUCCUUUUUAACCCAUAAGCUUGGACCUACCAACCCGAGCACCUCUCGCUUCUCUUUCCGCUGAGUAGUGGGGUGAGCAUUCCCAGACCCUCAGACUUGUUCUCCAGCUUUUCCUGAGCUGAGUCAGGCACUUGGGGGUGGGACACACGGGCUAGAGGACCUCUUAACUGAGGAAGACGCCAGGCUGGGGAGGACGGGCCGAGCAGCGUGAGCAGGCUCAAGGGCUCUGGGGCUCUAAGCCGCCUCUCCUCAGACUGCAGGUGACACAGGCAGUGGCCAGCUUCUCUCCCCCCUGGGGCUUGCAGGACUGGACUCCAGGGUGCCGCUAUUGCCUCCAAGAGCGUUCACAGCACCCAGCUAAGCAUUUUCCACCCUCUGAGAUGACGAUGUCUCUCAGCUGGCAAGAAUAAGCCAAAUAGCUGUCUUGUGCUGAAAGCCAUUGGGCUCAGGGCUGGAGAGGAAGAGAAGACUUUUCCAGAGGCCUCUUGUGUCGCUCUGGAAUCACACCAGAGAGGGCUGGUGCCCCAACCCUAAGGUGAGGACAGCCUUCCCCAGUUAGGACUCAGGACUUAGAGUUUGACGAAUCUUGCAGUUGAACUUUGGAGGGAAACCCCUUUUGCCCCAAGGAUUUCUACCGAUAAAGCAGUCGCUUCUGAGAACAUGUAGGACCUAGGAUGACACCCUCAGCCAGCUGAAGGGCUGAAAGGUGCUCAUGUCAAUGACAUCUGUUUCCUAUCCAGAUCCUCCCAGUGAUGACUUCCUGUUGAUCCCCUUAAUAGCAAAAGUCCCCAUUUGUUCUCUAAGGAGAAAACCCAAAUGGUGUGCACCCCUGGGGUAUAGUAUUCACACACUGCAGCGCCCAAAGAUUUCCUAUUCAAUUUAGCACCCUCGCAUCUGCUGGAUACUAGAAGGAAUUAGAGAAGAGUCAGACACGAUCACUACCCUCUGACGGGCUGAUCUUCUGCCCACAGAAUCUGUCUGGCAUGAAAUUGCUCGUUUCAACACUAAGUACUAGGGGUAAUGAAAAUUUUGCCUGGGACCAAAUUCAAAGCACACCUAUGAUCUGAAUCAGUGGGCUUUUCCUGUCCUUAUGGAAUUUUUGCCUGGCAACAUCAGAAACUAGAAAGGGAAAAUGCAGGUCAGACAGCACAGGGAAGAGCCUCCUUCAGCUGUGCAGGGACAGAAGUUCUCACUGUUGUCUUGAAAUUCUCUAGCCUCUUUCCUCCUGCCCCUUGAGUUCACCUGGCUGCCUCCUCCCCAUGAGGAGCAAGCAGUGGCGACUGGCUGGACUGACUUUGAGGAAGUAAUGCCGUCCCCAAGACAGUCCAAAGUCCAUCCCCAAGACAGUCCCGAGACCUCUUGAUCCCCAGCAACUUGGUCUUUUGCCUAAGGCAGCAUUAUGAAUGCUGCAGAUUCUUUUGGGUGUGGGGGGUCCCUCAGGAAAAGAAAAACAAUUGGAUUUUCUCCUUUUGACACUGUGUGGCAUCCUCAGAUCCAUUGUCUUUUUACACUGACAUCUUGUCCAAAUGAGACUGUAGAUUCAGCUGAAAUGUAAAUGACUAUGAUAUUUGGGAUUCCCCUAAGUGACUGAUUAACCACCAUUUCCACCUUUCACUGCCUGGUAUUGAAUUCUGAAUACAUUUUGGAAACAUUAACUCGCUUGUGCAGAAGGGAAACCUGAGUAUCGGAGACUUUAACGUGGCUGACAGCACGUCAGGGACUGUAUUCAGUCCCACCAUGCCCCCAUUAGACCCUUCCCCAUCCCGGAAGCUGGAGAUAAAAAGUCUGGGAAAAUACACCAAGAACAAAGGGCACUUGUCGUUGUCCAAGCAUUUGGUGCUAGUUCUCACCCCAGCCUGCUUUUGGGAGCAAAAACCUGCAAUGGAGGGAGGGAGAAAGGAAGCCAGUGGGGCAGAGGGAGGGGACACUAAUCCCUGCCUGUCUAAAAACCACAGAAAACUAACCUGAUACUCUUCUGGCCCCAUCUGCAUCAACACUAAACAACAAACUCCCUGAAUCUUUCACACAUGCCAAGUGAGCAUUCUUGAAAAUUUGUUUUUGUCAACCACCUGCAAAUGGGAACGAAUCUAGAAUUCUUUUUUUUUCUUUUUUGGUUUAAUUUCUAAUCUCUUGUUUAUGAGGUGUGGGGUUUAUAAGGGACUGAAUCAAAUGAAUGUAACAAAAAAGAAAAAAACAAAAAAAAAAUGCCUUUUCUCAGGGCCAGUGAGUUGCAAAUAAUUUUUAAAAGAAAGCCUAUAAUUGCAUCAUCUCAAUAAAUUUUUUAUUAAAAAAA